GUCCAGAGCCUCAUCCCUCACUGUCGACACCGCCUUCCCCCUCGUUGAGAUCGCACCUUUCAGUUCGACAUGUUUCUGCCACAGAAUCACCCGCAAGGUAACGAGCAUACUCUCACGGCAUGCUCUCACAGCCUGCACAAAAGCGCCGCUCCGGUGGCAAGCGAUCGAAGACGGGCUGUCGCACAUGCAGAAUCCGACGAAUUAAAUGUGAUGAGACGCCCGAGAAGUGUCGUAAUUGUUCGUCCACCGGACGGCUCUGCGACGGGUACGAAGUCUAUCGCCUUCCCGUGGCAGCCAAGCGCGGGAGGGACCUUUUCUUCUCGCUUUCUACCCCAGUCAACACUCAUGUUCGCUGGGCUGUAACAUCAGACCAACGUCGCUGCUUCAAGUUCUUUUGCGACCGCACCAUCACCGAUGCUCUCGGGUAUUAUGACUCCCAACUAUGGGAGCAGUUCAUGUUCCAGAUGGCAAAUCUCGAGCCUGCCGUGUGCCACGCCGCCAUCGCCUUGGGAGCGGCUCACCAAGAAGUGGUCUUGCAGGGCAUCAAUUCCCCCGGCGAUGGUGCAAAGCGAAGAGGCGUUUGGUAUUUCUAUGCCCUCGAGGAGUCCGCUCGCGCUUUUGAGCUCCUCCGUCGGCGCAAUCCUCAGGACCCGCAGAUGCGGCAAGUCACCCUUCUCUGCUGUCUGCUCUUCGUGUACUUGAGCCUGUUGCAACGAGACUAUGACACUGCGUUCCGACAUCUGCAAGCUGGCUUGCGGGUAUUCCAAGAGUCUGGGUCAGGCCGUGGCAGUUCCCUCAAUGGUUCUACACUCGGCGGUGCCGGAAUGAAUCUCCCUCUCGUCGCGGCCUUCGCGCAGCUCGAAAUCCAGUCGACGCAUUUCAAUCCUCGUGGGUGUUCACAACUCGGUGCCAACUCGGCCCCACGCAAGCACAUCUUCCUCAGCCGCGACCGCGACCGUGACCUGCUCGGACAAAGCGUCGACGACCUACGCCUGGCCCUCCAGCCCCUCGAUAGUGCCAUUUACCAAUUCUUCCACCGGUGGGGCACUGCAUCUGCGGAGGCGAUAGUGGCUCAGGACUCUGACUUCCAGGCCACCCAAACCAACCUGCUCUCAGAGGUCUACCACGCCACACACUUCCUUGACGACUUUUGCGCCCUCAAAUAUGCCACCCUCUCUUCAAAACACAAGCGCGGCGUCGACCUGCUGCGACUGCACCUGAUGACAUACUCCGUGGGGCUACGGAUGUCGAUGGUAGCGCACCUCCAGCCGGCCCAGGCCCAGUUAUUCACGGCCGACCACGUGGCCAUUCUGUCGUUGGCCCGCACGAUCAUCGCCCAGUUCCCCGACCGGCCCACGGUCAUGGUUGACUCGGGCGUGAUCCUGCCGCUGCGGGUGGUCGCCGACUCCUGUCCGGACCUGCACGUGCGCUGGCAGGCCAUCCAGGAGCUCCGGGCCUGGCCGCACUACGAGGGCGUACGCGACACCGUCCUCGCAAGCACCACUUCCGCCGCCCGCUGGCGGCUCGAAAUGCGGGCGCGCAUCAGCGCGGAGUUGUGUAGCGGGUUCGGUGAUGAGGGCACUGGGGUGGGGAAGGAAUCUUUGGAGAGGAUGGUCGACGAAGAGCUGCGCGAGCGAAUGACGGUGCUCACUGUUCGAGAUGGCGAUGAUGAAGGCCUCCGCCAGGCAAGCAAUCAAGCGGACGCGGAGCUUGCCCAGAUCCUGGCGUCGGCGCCCCUCGGUGAAUGGUCGUGCGCUCAUCAGUUGCGGCGACCUAUAGAAUGAUAUAUUGUUAACACUGUCGCAACCUGGUAAGAUUAUACCAGGGCUUUUCGAGAUUGACAAGACUGUUGAUCGACCAGGGAAGGCUGUCAAGUCACGUGGCCCCUCCACGCCGUAAUGCCUUCCACAUAGACUCUUUCUCUCUCACGCAGCCUGAAAACAAUAGUAGAAACCAUCUCAAGCAUACAAUCCACACAUGCGGUUCCCGGGCGCAUAUCUCAUGUUAUGCAUUGUAAGAUCUGAGUGGGGGUGU